AUGCUCACAAUUCAUGAUCCCGAAAAAGCGUUGGCUAGUCUUCCGAGCCCUCUCCUUGCUGCAGACACGCUAUAUCUCUCGCGUGAGCCAGACUUGCAGACCGUCAAACUGACCGCUGGCUUGCAUCGACAGACAUGGGUCAACGGAGCACUGAUAUUUAUUGACGUCCACAUCUCCAACAAUACACCCAAAGCAAUUAAGAAGAUCGAAGUGCAGCUGGAGAAGACCACUCUGUGGUACACCCACCCUCCAGUUGGCACUUCGGAAAGAACUGUACAUUAUCUGCGACUUCCUCGAAGAACGGACACCGAAAUAGUGAGUGGCACCACCGUCAAAAAAUCAAGUACUUGGGGUGGCAUCGGGUCCUAUUCGUCCGAUGUCAGAACGGUAGAGCUUGAGGCUCCCCGAGGCCAUGUUACGAUCAGCACUGGAAGGUACUUUGAGAUUCGAUACUUCGUCAACGUGGUAGUCAGUGUGAAGAUGUUCAAGACUGUCGCCGUUCAGCUUCCGGUUACCAUCAUACCAAUUAAUUCCCUAGAUAUCUUACCAAAUUCUAUGGCCCAAGUCGCUGCUUCCAUUGAAGCAAAAAGAGCGAAGACCGUGCCCAUUGUUACCGACAACCAGCCCCCUACCUCGUUCCAGCAAGGACAGGCUUUUUCGGCGCCUGUUCGACAGUCUCUAGAGAAGGCACGUCAAAGCAGAGCCAAGCUCCAAUAUCGAGAUGUGGAUUCCCUCACUCAAGAUCUUGACAGCUCUCCACGUCAGGGGGGCUUAACCCAGGAGCCUUGGAUGAGAAUACUGUUCCUGCUCUCACCAGCAUUGCAUCAUGCUCGCACCGCCAUCUCACACGUCACCCAAGCUGCUAUCACUGCCAUCUACUUCAUGAGAAAGACAAAUCACCGAAACCAGACGGUCCUCGGCUACCAAGACUCCAAGUAUCGACUUCAGGCCUUGGCUUCUCUGAAUCCGAGUUCGAGGUACCGCCAGACUCGCCUCCUCGAAAGGUAA